CUCCACCAACAACCUACACUCCGACCCCGACAGCGACAACAACUAUCGACAUGAGCGGACGCGGCGGAUUUUCCAGGGGCGGCGGCGGCGGUCGCGGCGGCGGCUUUAGCGGUGGUCGCGGAGGUCGCGGCGGUGGCCGCGGUGGUUUCCAGAGCUACGGCCCUCCCGCUGAGGUGCUUGAGAUCGGCUCGUUCGUCCACCCCGUCGAGAGCGAGAUGCUCUGCUCUCUGACGCAGCCGACCAAGAUUCCCUACUUCAACGCACCUAUUUACCUUGAGAACAAGACUCAAAUCGGCAAGAUUGACGAGAUUCUCGGCCCUAUCAACGAGGUCUACUUCACCGUCAAGAUGGACGCUGGUAUGCAGGCCGCGUCGUUCAAGAAGGAGGACAAGGUGUACAUCGGCGGCGACAAGCUCUUGCCAUUGGAGCGCUUCCUCCCCAAGCCUCCUGCGCCUAAGGGCGAGAAGAAGCGUGGCGGCGCGACUGGUGGCCGUGGCGGCGGCCGUGGCGGUGGCCGCGGUGGUGGCCGUGGCGGGUUUGGCGGCCGCGGUGGUGGCCGUGGUGGGUUCAGCUCGCGUGGCGGCGGCGGCGGCGGCCGUGGUGGGUUCAGCUCGCGCGGCGGCGGCGGUGGGUUUAGCUCGCGUGGUGGCGGUGGUGGCCGCGGGCGGGGACGUGGUGGCUACUAAGAUAGUCUCAUCUGUAUGUUGAUGUAUUAUACCCGAG